ACAGCAGACUUUUUUGAUGUAAGUAAAAGCGCAAAAAUGAGUUUCAAGAGAAAAUACAAAAAAUCGGACAAGGAAUUGCAGCUUCUUGUUUUACAAGAAAUGCUUCUUAAAAAAGAGGUUCUUUUCGGAAAGUUUAUAGGUUCCACUCACACCAAAAAUGAUAUCCAGGAUGAAUGGAGAAAAAUAGCAGGUAUGGCAAUAAGUUUUGGCCUUAUCCCUGCAGACAGUGAUGCCGACAAAUUCAAAAGAACGACGUGGCAGAAUUGGCGGCGAACCUCCUUGAUGAAGAUAGAUCGCAUGAAGAAGACGGGUGUAGGUGGAGCAACAUCCAAAGACCUUUUAGAUGAAAACGAUAAGGUCAUAUUGGCCAUCAUAGGAGACGAUGUUGUAUAUGGGAUUGGUGUAAACGAGAGCAACGGAGAUGUUCAAGAUAACCAACAAAAUCAAACAAUUGUUAUUGAACCAUCUCCAACCAAUUUGCCACCCUCUUCAAAAAAAAGAAGCUUUCAAAAUGACUCCACCUCUUCGGAAACUGAAAAAUUAAAAUCCGAAAUUUUAAAAAUCAGCUACUAUCAGAAGCAGCUGGAAUGCCGCAUGAUGGAAGUACAGUUGAAGUUACCCACAUCAAAUUUUACCAAAUCUAUCUACGUAGAUUCGUCAGAAGAAGAUCAGGAAGGUUUUAACUGAAAGAGCAAACAAUUACCUUUUUUUACUUACCCUUGUUAAAUACUUCUUAAUAAUAAAAUUAAAAAUAGUUUUAAUACGCAUAUUCACAAUUUUU